GUUAGACCUGCAACACAUGUUGUAAUGCCUGACAAAAAGAAAGUAAAAAUGCCAGAGGCCAAGAUUGAAGACAAACGUGUUUUGGAGGAGCAAAUAGAAAUCCUAAAGGUUAAGUUAGAGAAUGAGAAAAAGAUGAGAGAAAGGUUUAAGAAGGAAUCAGAAUGGAUAAGCAAAAACUGGGAAAGGAAAUUCCUUAUUCUCAGGAACAGCUUUCAUGUCCUUAAGAACGAGAUGUUUACGAGGCACACAUUGUACCGUCAGUUUGCAGUGCUUGCUGACACAUCUUUCAAUUAUAUU